AUGGGUUCAAUAAAUUCUAAGCGCGCAAGGAGUGGCUCGUUGCGGAGGUUCAGUGUUCCUCCGCGACGGGAGUCCGGCAGCGAGGCGAGGACGAUGGACGCCGCCAUCCGGAGGCCUUCGCUGGCCGCCCUCGCAGACAGGGGUACCUGGGGCUCGCCCUGGGAGUUCCUCUUGUCCUGUGUUGGACUAUCUGUCGGCAUCGGCAACGUCUGGAGGUUCCCCUACCUAGCCUACCAGAAUGGAGGAGGUAAGCUCAAUAACAUCAUACAGAAAUAUUUAAGCUAA